AUGGCUAACAGAUUCAGACUAUUCGUGGCUGCUUUGAUUUCCUUCACAACAUUUAUAAUAGCAAUCAUAGGUUGUGCGGGUUCAACAUCAAACUAUAAUCCAAUUAAUAAAAUUUAUGUGGCACAACUAAAUUUAAGAAAAAUAAAACAAGAUACAGUUUUCGAUAAAAUUUCCCAAGACAUAGGUACUGAUAUACUACCUGGCUACAUCAACAUUGGUUUGUGGUCGUACUGUACUUCAAGCACUGAUUCAAAGCAUGUGGAAAAAUGUACUUCUCCACAUGGUAUUCAACAGUUCGAUUUACAAACCUUGCUUGGUGAUAGUGUUAAUAACAAUCAAGCCACUAAAUUAAUAGAGUCUAUUGAAGAUAUUAUCAUCCCAGACAAAUUAGAAGAUAAAAAAGGUUACUACAAUAAUUUAGCAAAAUGUAUGUUCAUCACUUUAAUUAUUGGUAUUUGUUUGAUGUUCAUUAAUUUUGUCGUUAUUAUCUUUAGAUUUUUAGUAGAUAGUGUAUUUUUCACUGUUCUGGGAAUAUUCUUUUCUGCAACUGCAUUCGUCAGUUUGUUAAUUUCAGGUGGUACAAGUGUUGGUACUUAUGUUUAUAUCAAACAUCAAUUAAGUCAAAACUAUGACGAAUUUGGUAUCAGUUUGGAUCUUGGUAGAGACUACUAUUGUUUAAUCUGGGGUGCUAUCUUAGGUUCAUUAUUGAACUUUAUGAUCUGGUGUACCGUCAGAUCUAAGCCAAGAGGUUAUGUUACUCGUUCUGCAGCUCCAGAAAAGCGUAUUAUUUUAUAA